ACCCAGAAGCUGCUUGCCCCUGUGAACAGCUAUGGGUCCCAGGAUGGGGAAGACAAGAUUAGCCUCAGGGCUGCUUCACUGCAGCCAGAAGAGGAGGACCUCCGCAGGCGCCUCAAAUAUUACUUCAUGAGCCCCUGCGACAAGUUCCAUGCCAAAGGCCGCAAGCCCUUUAAGCUGGUGCUCCAGCUGGUCAAGAUACUGAUUGUGACCAUCCAGCUCAUCCUCUUUGGACUUAGCAACCAGAUGGUGGUGACCUUCAAGGAGGAGAACACCAUCACUUUCAAGCAUCUCUUCCUGAAGGACUAUGCAGAGGGGUCAGAGGACACCUACGCUGUCUACACCCAGGCAGACGUCUAUGAUCGCAUCUUUUACGCAGUGGACAAGUACUUGGCCAUUCCCAAUGAGACGAUCGGACGCUAUGCCUACGUGCGUGCAGCCAGUGCAAACCAGUCAGCACUCAUGCUCUGCCAGCAAUACUACCGCAAAGGGAGGAUUGACCCAGCCAAUGACACCUUCAACAUCGAUCCCAAGAUUGUCACUGAAUGCCUGGGUGUGGAUCCCCCAGAAAAGAUAGUUUCACCGGACCCUGUGAGGAAUUUUCCAGUCAACCGAGAGCCAAGCUACAGCUACAGGAAUUUUACGCUCAAGUUUUACAAGUUGAUUAAUGUCACCCUCCAGUUCAAGCUGAAAGCCAUCAACAUCCAGACCAUCAUCAACAAUGAGAUCCCAGACUGCUACACCUUUUCUAUAACUAUUGUAUUUGACAAUAAAGCACACAGUGGCCGAGUGAAGAUCCAUUUGGACAACAAAGUGGAUAUCCGGGAGUGCAAAGACCCCAGCGUGUAUGGCAAAGGAGACAAUCGUCUGCGGAUGUUCUUUGACGUGGUCGUGCUCCUCAUCUGUGUGUUUUCCUUCAUCUUGUGCACCCGCUCGAUCGUCAGAGGUCUUCGGCUGCAGCAUGAGUUCAGCCAGUUCUUCCAGCAGCAUUACAACCAGGGUGUCUGCCUGUCAGACCGCAUGGAGUUUGUGAACGGCUGGUACAUCCUACUCGUCGUGAGUGACGUCCUCACUGUGUCUGGGACCAUCAUGAAGAUUGGGAUUGAGUCCAAGAACUUGGCGAGCUAUGACGUGUGCAGCAUCCUUCUGGGCACUUCCACACUCUUGGUUUGGGUGGGCGUCAUGCGCUACCUCAGCUUCUUCCAGAAAUACAAUAUCCUCAUCGUCACCAUGCAGGUGGCCCUCCCCAACGUCAUCCGCUUCUGCUGCUGUGUGGCCGUCAUUUAUCUGGGCUACUGCUUCUGCGGCUGGAUCGUGCUGGGACCCUACCAUGUCAAGUUCCGCUCCUUGUCGAUGGUGUCCGAAUGCCUUUUCUCCCUCAUCAACGGGGAUGACAUGUUUGUGACUUUUGCUGAGAUGCAGCAGAACAGCUAUCUGGUGUGGCUCUUCAGCCAGCUCUACCUGUACACCUUCAUCAGCCUCUUCAUCUACAUGGUGCUCAGCCUCUUCAUUGCUUUGAUCACCGGCUCCUACGAGACCAUCAAGCAUCAGUGCGAGGACGAGAUGGCUGCCACGCAGCUCCACGCCUAUAUUGCUGAGUGCAAGGACAGCCCGAAGUCUGGCAAAUUUCGCCGGGAAAACAGUUCCUCUUGCUCUGUCUUCUGCUGCUGCUGUGAACCGACUCGACUGGAGGAGAACGUCCUGGUCGUCAACUGAGGCCUGCAACGUGGCCAGAGAAGGG